ACCUCAUUGGAUGAUACCAUGCCCGGCACCGUUGGCUCAAUUCAGCAGCUCCAACAUCCCUCUCCUUUGCUAGAUCAGCACCCAUCAUCCAAGCCAUGCGGAUCCAUGCACCCAUCCAUUACGGCACUCAUUACGGCACUCAUCCAGCACUCAUCCAUACAAUGCACGGUGUGAUUGAUCAGAUGCUUGACCGGACACAGCUAGAACUCACCCAACUCCCAGGCCUUACUGUCCAUUCUACGAAGUCUUACCGUUAUCCAUAUACUACUAGCAGCGUAACAGUUAUGAGUUUUCCCGAGUCAAACCCUUACACUAUGACCGAUCCAGUCUUACCAUUCAUGAACACUGAUAAUUUUGUUAAUGAUGAUAGUGUCUCUUAUUUUGAUUCAUCAACCACAAUCGGUAAUACUUCACCUCAAUUUGACUCAACCACCGGUUUUUCUGUUCUUGGUCCAGCACCUCCUCUUGAUUUUGAGUGCAAGAUUAACUUCACCAUAUACUGUAGCGAAAAGACUAAAUCGAACAAGACCAAUUGGGUCGCACUAAAACCUCUUUCCGAUCUUUCUCUUACUUUCAACACACGUGACACCUUAACUUGGCCCGCCUUCCUUGAUUUGAUUGCUAACAAGUGCAAUGAGGAUUACGCUAACAUUAGCAGGAUGAUCACCGACGGUACCAACAGCUCACCUGCAAAAAUUGUCUGGACCGCUUACAUCUUGAAAAAUAAACGAUUCCCGAAAGUCAAUCCCCACCACAUCUUUGAUCUGGUGUCGUUCAGCCAAUGGUUUAAUGAAAUCAGCUUAUCUCGCUCAACAAACGGUGGUGUAAUCAUCCGAAUGGAUAACCCUCGCAACGAGGUCUCGAAGGCUCGUAAGGAAGAUCUCCUUGCAAGAACGAUGAAACGACUUGAUGCUCGUCAACAAGGGCCAUCCCAGGGCCGGUCCCAAAGGGCCCGUGGUACUUCACCCAAUGGAAGCGACGAGGUAUUUAUCCAUUUGUCAGACUGUUUUGAUAAUAUCAGGCUGAUCCAUGGCCGAUGCUCUGAGCAGGAAGACUCCAGUGGGCCUGAAUUUGAGGACCUCGAGGUGUAUUCCGACCAGAUUUUCGAAAAAUAUCCGAUGAACACCAAAUAUAAUCGACAUUAUCCGGUGUAUCUUGAUCCUACCAAUCCUGAUCGUUACAUUCUCCUUACUUCAGGUAAUGUUGACAUAUGGGCAAAAGAUCUGUGUUCCCGUGUACCUGGUGUUAGCCUGGUCUCACCUCCUAGUUCAAUCAAGUACCAAAGCCGCAAGCAGACCGAGAAAGAAAAGGCACCAUCAACGGUCGAAUCUUCAAGCACUGCCUCUCUUGUAGAGUUGACCAAGUGGCUCAUCGAACAAAAAAAUGGCAUGCCUCGAUCUUCCCCACCAUCUUCAGUAUGCGGUGAUACAACCACAACCGUCGAUAUAGGUGACUACUUAAACUUUGUGUGCAUUGCUCCUAACAAGCGCGAAGGGAUACGCAACACCUUACUUCACAACGACAUCGACUGUUACAAGAUGUUCAAAAAUCUCGUGGUGGAUGAUUUGAAGGCCCUUGGUUUCAAUGUAGGUAUCAUAACCAAGCUCCGAAGCAAUGUUACUAGAUACCGAGCUCAUUUAGCCAGGUCUGGCUAA